CCAUUUACGCAUGCGUUGGGUUGAGAACAUGCGCAGAGAACACCGAGAGGCUUGCACGGCGAAAUGAUGGCGUCCACGGCGGCCCGAUGCACCUCACGUUGGAUAUCGUUUUCAGUGUCGACGGGCCACCGGCGGCCUGUGUCUGUCCUCAGUUGCCGUUCUAUUGAAGCUAGUCGGGCUGUGUCAAAUGUAGGAGGACGGCAACUAUGGACAAGAUGCCCCAUCAUAGCUGGGGGGACCACUAAAGGGUUGACAUUGACGGGGUUGCCAGGAGUGAGGCCCCAUAAUGCCAUUUGCUCAUCGUCCUUCCACACAAGCUGUUGGGCUCAAGGGAAACAGGACUUCUACCAGAUCCUUGGGGUUCCUCGCACCGCGACCCAGAAAGAAAUUAAAAAGGCCUACUACCAGAUGGCCAAGAAGUACCAUCCUGACACCAAUAAAGAAGACCCUCAAGCUAAGGAGAAGUUUGCACAACUUGCUGAAGCUUAUGAGAUCUUGAGUGAUGAGGGCAGGAGGAAACAGUAUGACACAUACGGAUCAGCUGGAUUUGACCCAGGACAAGCAGGAGGCGGCCAGCAGCAGUACUGGAGUGGAGGGGGUAGCAGCGUGGACCCUGAGGAGCUUUUCAGAAAGAUCUUUGGAGAAUUCUCUGGAGCACGGGGAUUUGGAGACAUCUUUGGAGACAACACCAUUUUUAAUCGUCCACAGGAGUAUGUGAUGGAGCUGACAUUCACCCAAGCUGCCAAAGGUGUGAACAAGGAAAUUACUGUGGCCAUUGAUGGCACCUGCCAGCGCUGUGAUGGCAAAGGGCAUGAACCUGGCAGUCAAGUUCAGCACUGCCACAGCUGCAAUGGCACUGGCAUGGAAACGGUGAACACAGGGCCAUUUGUGAUGCGUUCUACGUGCCGGCGAUGUGGUGGACGGGGAUCUGUCAUUUCUUCACCGUGUAGGUCUUGCCAAGGGACAGGGCAGACCAAACAGAAACGCACAGUUAUGGUGCCUGUGCCAGCAGGCAUUGAGGAUGGGCAGACAGUUCGGAUGCCAGUUGGGCAGAAGGAAAUAUUUAUCACAUUCAAGGUCCAGAAGAGUCCGGUUUUCAGGCGGGAUGGGGCUGACAUCCACUCUGAUGUGCUGGUGUCAGUGGCUCAGGCCAUCCUUGGGGGCACAGUACGGGCACAGGGACUUUACGAGACCCUCAACCUAACGAUCCCAGCUGGUAUUCAAACAGACCAGCGUAUUCUUCUAUCUGGGAAAGGCAUUUCACGGGUCAGUGGCUAUGGAUAUGGAGAUCACUACGUUCACAUCAAGAUAAAGAUUCCCAAGAUGCUGACAGACAGACAAAGAGCUCUUCUUACAAGCUAUGCAGAGGAUGAGACCGAUGUCGAGGGGACAGUCAAUGGAGUCACCAACACCACAGCAGGAAAGAGAUGGACAGGGAACUAGGGGCUAUGUGACGAAGGAAUGGAGAAGCGUCUGCCACAUGGACACAACCAGGAAGAAUGGCUCCGGUGGAGACCAGUUGCAAGGACCUAGUGAAAAGCUGACAAGCAGUCACACACACAGUAUCUGCAGAGAGACUCUCCCUCAUCUACUACCUGUAGAAGAGUGCUCCAAUAUCCCAAAGGAAUCCCUUAGCAGGUGCAGGUGAAACAUUCUUUGUCAAUCUGGAAGUGUAACUAAUCAAGGCAUAAAUGUCAAGGAUGGCCUAAAUCCAUGGAUAACAUAAAGUGGAAGAACACAGUUAAUGUUUAAGAAAUUGAUUACCUGUAGCCAUGGUAAAUCUAAUCCGAUGCAAAAGAAAUCCGAUGACUAUUGAAGAGGACACCUAUACAAUAAUGGACUUCUUUAUUCAGAGCAGUGAAAACUGGGCACAAAAACAAACGUACAGGACAUGUGCCUUCGAUUUGUGCUGCUCAACAGAAGGCGCUGCCCAGUACCUUUCAGCUGUGCAGUCUGCACAAAAAUCUACUCCCACCCUCAAAUCUUGGCAACAUGGAAACUCAGGUCAGUUUAGUUGUGUAUGAAUUCUGGUGAUGAGAAGUUCUCAAAGAUGGAUUUGUCAGGCAUCUCAAAUGCACAUGAAUGGCAGGAAACUAGUUUGUUUCUUCUUGACCAUUUAGGCUUCCCAGUUUUCUCCACUUGUUCUGCCAUGCAAAAUCUGUACAUAGAUUGCUGUUUAAAGUGCUAUAAUGUCUGUAGAAAAUGUGUCUUAGGUGGCCUAAUAUUAAACAUUACAUGGAAAAAUAA